GGGGUCUAUAAGAAGAAAGUUCACAUCUGAAAAGAACAUGGAUCAGUACUUUUUUGAAGGCACAGAAAAGCUUUUGGAGGUAUGGUUCUCUACCUCAGAUCCAAAUAAAGAUGCAGAUUUGAGGAACAUCAAGAGAGAAAAAUGGGUUGAUUUGCUGAGUCUUGUUGGAUGUGAGAUAGUGAGUGAAACAAAGGAUAGAAACAUGGAUUCAUAUGUGCUCAGUGAAAGCAGCAUGUUUAUAUCGAAGGAUAGGUUCAUACUGAAGACAUGUGGUAGAACAACACUGCUACAUGCGAUUAAACCACUGAAGAACAUGGUACUCGAUGAAUGUGGCUUCGAUAUUGUCGGGGAUCUGUUCUAUUCACGAAAGAAGUUCAUGCGACCAGAGUUGCAGAAUAAACCCCACCAAUGUUUCAAUGAUGAGGUCUCGUUAUUGGAUGAUAUGUUUGACAAUGGUGCUGCAUACUGCCUGGGUCGACUGAACCAAGAUUGUUGGUACCUGUACACCUUUGAUAACGUAGGAGUCAUCCAGCCUGACCAAACUUUGGAACUGUUGAUGAGUGACCUUGACCCAGCAGUGAUGAAGGUCUUUACCAAGGGUAAGGAGGGGAGUUUGACAGCUAAAGAAGCAACCCAGAAAUCUGGAAUUGCAGACCUGUUGCCUGAUGUAGUAAUAGAUGACUUCUUGUUUGAUCCAUGUGGUUACUCAAUGAAUGGCUUGCUACCUGAUAGCAAAUACAUAACGAUUCACAUCACCCCCGAGAAGCAGUUUUCGUAUGUGAGCUUUGAGACCAAUGUGCCAAAAGCAAGUUACAAGGAGCUUGUCAACAAGAUCCUGAGUUGCUUCAGACCUGGGAAAUGUCUGAUGACAAUCUUUGCUAAUGAGGCAUCUAUGGCAAGAGAUACCCACUUGGAUUUCGAAGACAAGCUGUUAGCGGGCUACAAAAAACAGGAUCAACAACUUUGCAAAUUCAAGAACUAUAACUUGUCCUACACCCAUUACACAAUCUGUCCCCCUGCUCCUCCACACUGAGAUUUUCUCAAAUAUGGCAGCCAUUUUGAUUCAUGUACAACCUGCAACACCAACUGUGAUAAAUCCCAUAAUGCAGUAGAGGUUUUUAGUUAUGUAAGAGUGUAUGAAAUUUAUAUAAAUCAAGCAAUAUGUUACACAGUUUUUGAUUGGUUAACUGUAAAACAGAAGACUAAACUUCAAUUGAGGUUUUGUUUCUUCUGUUCAAAUUGUAGCUAAAGUGGCCCUAUGAGAAGAAACUAUAUAUUUAGAUUUUUGCAGUACCGGUGAUUUUUGGUGAUAUAAAUUUUUACAUUUUACUCUAAUAGUGUUCAGCAUCAGCAAAUACUCUGAAUAGGAACUAGUGGAUUCCUGUAAUAUGACUUUUGUAACCCAUGUUU